UUUUUAAGAAUUUACUUCACAUUAUUCACUGAAAUUCACAUAAGUUAUAUAUUAUUAUUGGUAGCAAAAUGUCUGUUCCGUUAGAACCACAGCAUAUUGAAGUGCUGAAAACAUUUGUUGAUUUGUGCAUAAAAACUCCUGCAAUAUUACAUCAGCCAGAGUUUUCUUUUGUAAAAGAGUUCAUUGAACACUUUGGAGGAAAUAUACCAAAAGCCAAGAUUGAUGAAUCACCAAGCAAAGAGCCAAAAGAUGCAAAUGUACCCAAAGAAUCAAAACCAGAACCGAAACCAAUACCGAAAGAAGAACCGAAAGAAGAAGCAAAAGCAGAACCAGAACCAGAGGCUGGAGCAGAAAGUGAAGAAAGUGAUUUGGAAUUGGAUAUGACUGGAGUAAUUGAACCAGAUACAGAUGCUCCCCAAAAAAUGGGAAAUCUUACUUUACAACCAACAGAAGAAGAAAUUGCAGAAUCUCAAGCAAAACGUUCUGAAGCUGUAUCAGCAUUUGCAGAGAAAGAUUAUGAGAAAGCUAUAGAACUUUAUACUGAAGCUAUUGUACUAAAUCCACAGGCUGCUUUACUUUAUGCUAAACGUGGUCAAAUUUAUUUAAUAUUAAAUAAGCCUAAUGCUUGCAUUCGCGAUUGUGAUCGCGCCUUGGAACUUAAUCCGGAUAGCGCUGCCGCUCACAAGUUUAGAGGACGGGCCUAUCACUUGCUUGGAAAAUUCGAGGAAGCAGUUACUGACUUAAGACUUGCUUGCAAAUUUGACUUUGAUGAACAAGCUGAUGAAUGGCUACGGGAAGUUACUCCAAAUGCUCGAAAGAUCGAGGAGCACAACAGAAAGAAGGAGCGCAAAAUACAGGAACAACUGGAGAAAGAGAGACAAGAGAUGGCGAAGAUAGCUCAGGAAGCCGCGAAAGCCUACAGAGAGAACACCCGCACCUCUCAAACUGAUGCAAGCGGAAAUGUACCUGGUCUUUCAAAAUUCGUCAACGAUCCAGGAGUUGCCGAAGUUUUCAAAGAUCCAGAAUUAGUAGAAGUCUUAAACGAAAUUACCGAGAAUCCGGAAAAUCUUUUGAAGUAUCAGAGUAACCCGAAGGUUAUGUCGUGUAUAGAGAAACUACUUAAGAUAUUUCUCAAAACCGGUGGCGUUCCUUAUGCGGUGCGAAAAAUGUCUAGUCCCGCGACUGCCCGUGCUGCUGCCUGCGCCGCCGCCUGCGCCGCCGCUGCUGCUGCUGCUGGUACUGAAGCUGCUAAAGGUAAAGCUAAAGCUGGAGCAGAAACUGGUGCUGAAUCUAAAGCUGAAACUGAUACUGAUGCAAAGUCAACCACACCAGAAGCAAAACCAGAAGAUGUUGGCCUCGACUAAAGCUGCUGCUCUUCUCCUUCAAGAAAUUCCUUCUCGAUUUAUACUCGUUCGAUUAACAAAAACUUCGGAUACUUGAUUAUGAAACUGGUCACUGUACGAAACGACGCACGGUGUCUUAUUAAAAAGGAAAACAAACGAUUAAUUAAGCUGGAACGUAGAAAUAAUUAUCCUCGUUGCUACAUGAAAUGAUAUUUUUCAGAGAAUUUAUUCGUUUCGGAACUGUCUCGAGGAAGAGAUGCAAUUAUAAAAAGUCCUACGGUGUAGCUUAAAGUUAGGAUCGUAUUUUAAAUACGGAGUAUAAUUGGUACUUGU